AUGGCUUCGGCAGGUUAUAUUCAAAUUACUCUCAUUUGGGUCGUGUAUGCAAUCGCUGUUGUCCUCCUACUUUCGGUCGCCUCCCUAUUCGUCUACCUCUACCAAACACAUCGCGAUCGAUCCGUCUUCGUCACCGCUGUGUGCAUCCUGACCAUCACUUCUCUUCUUGCGACAGUCCUUCUGCUACCGGUUGACGUAGCGCUGGUCUCGAGCACAACGAGCUCGAAACUAGGAAGACGCAAGGACUGGGCUAAUCAAGAGAAAGUUGAUAACAUCACUUUCACCUUGCGAAUCGUGUAUUAUUUACUUUACUCUCUUGAUGCCCUCCUCUGCCUGAUUGUGAUCCCAUUUACAUAUUUCUGGUAUGAAGAAUAUGAUGAGGUUGCUCAGGAGGAAGGCUCGCAGACCUUUGGUUCGAGAUUCUGGGGCGCCCUGAAGUAUACCUUUGUCUUCAUCUUUUUGUGCCUGGCAAUUUUCCUGGUCGGAUUUUUCAUUCCUCGAGUAUCCAACACCAAAGGCGCACAUUUUGAUCUCGACUUUUUCAAACGCCUCCUGGCCGAGAACCGAGGCGAGAAAGCGCUGACCUUUGCCCUCGGCAUACUCAUUACCCUCGGAGUCAUCAUUUACUGUUUCUACACGGCUGCAGGACUAGCACUGCUUCCUCUCACUUUGAUAAAAUCGGCACCAAGCAUUUCCGCACCUGCUUUAACCGAAACAACUGCUACGCAACUUGAGAGCAACCAGGAGAGGCAGAGACAACUCGAGGGCCGUGCGCAGGGUAAUCCAGAUGGACUAUCAUCGAAGGACCAGCGAGAGCUCGAUGCUUUAGUUCGUGAGGAGCGCACACUUCGACGUCAUCAACGCAUAGCUGCCGAGGCGUCUGGUCAAGAUCGGAACAUCUUCUGGAAGAUUUGGCUAAAACUCGAGGCCAUCUUCCGACCAAUCAAACUCAUCCUCGGCCUCCUGUUGGUCGUUGUUGUUUUACUUAUCUUCGCAAGCAUGCUCGUCACUGGCGUUGACAAGGCAAAGAACUCUAUUUGUGGACGCCACUGCGGCUACUUAUUGGGACACAUUAAUAUUUUCCAGCCCAUUAACUGGAUCCUGGUCAAGUCGUCUGCGGUCUUCCCAAUCGAUUACAUCAUCUUCCUCUUCAUCGUCCUCCUCUUUUUCAGUGCCUCCAUCAUUGGAAUAGCCACGAUUGGAAUCCGAGUUCUCUGGAUCACAAUUUUCAGAAUCCGAAAGGCCCAUACGUCUCCCCAGGCAUUACUUAUUGCGACGGUCCUGCUCACACUGAUGACGCUCGCCAUCAACUAUUCUAUUGCCAUGCUGGUGGCGCCUCAAUAUGCUACAUUUGGCCCUCAGACAUUCUGCGAUCACCCUCCGAAGCAUCCUGGAGAGCAGCCAGACUGCUCUGACCAUCAGCAGCAUGUCGUACCGUGUACAGAAGUUUCCGACAAUCCGGCUGCUCGCAAUGUUUGCACCCCGUCUGUGGUGUCAACUUUCUUAAACAGAGUGACUGUGAACUACCCAUUCCUAGGUAUUGUCGAUUUCUGGGCUCAGUUUGCUUUCCUUGGCAUUUUCCUGCUCGCAUUCAUUCUGCUGCUAUUCAGAACACCGAAAUUGAGCGAUCCGGACUCUGAUGAUGACGCAUUGGAGGAGGAGGAGGAAGGCUUGUUGGCAAGCACAGGACGACGAUUUGGGGCUACAUGGCAAGAUAUCACCGGAAGGACUAGCCACGAUGGCAGGAAUGGCACAACACAGAGUCGUGGCACACGGGAUGGUGGAGAUGAUUAG